AUGUCGACCACGGCGCCCUUGACUCCUGCGCGCAAUGUCGGCACGAACAGAUCGUUCACGGUCCCCGUCAGAUCAACAAAUCCCAGUCAUGCACAGCCCACAGCGGAGAUAGGCUCGGCAGAAGGCAUAGAGACACUAUACGUCCACCCCAAUGCCAAAAUCGUCAAGUUCAGCAGCGGAACAGGUUCUCGACCUCGAAGUAGCAGCCAUGGAAGCCCCGGCGCAAAACACGGAGGCGGCACACUGCCAUGGGCCACCAUAACGGAGCAGACACUCGCUGCGGGUCCGCUGGAGAUCUACCGCGUGCCAGGUUCCGUGUCUUUCUUGCACUCUGGGUCUUUGCUUCAUGCCAUUAUGCCGCGCAGCAAUUGCUGGUGUGUGGAUGGUGUGAGCAAGUUUGCGAUGCGAGUGCUUACGGACACUUACUACCGGAUCGAACUGCCUGGGGAGUCGCAAGAAGAGCUGGAAAGGGUGGAGGUUUUCAAGGAGACACUGAAGAAGGUUUUGUUCUACGAGAGAACGCCAUGUCCGUUUGCGCGCACAUUUACGGUCGAGCUUCCUGAGGAGGAGAAGCCAGUCCGGAGGAAGAGGAGGAGCACGCACGGGCCGGCGAAGAAGUGGAAGCUGGACAGAGCUUAUAGCUGGAAACCAGAAGACGGCCGCGAGCCUGCACAAAGCACAAGCGAGGAGGACUCGGGCAGCAUGUCGGACGAGGAUGAGGAUGACGCUCGAGCAACAGACACAAUCCCCGAAGAUGUUGCCGAGGAUCCUGAGCUGGCAGCUAGGAUGAAAGAACUGGCGGUCCAAGCGCCGCAUUGGAGAGCACCGCCCAGACCAACCGUUCGCGACAGAGUCAAAGGUCUCAGUAUGCGGUCCGUGACAGCACCUGUUCGCUCACCGGCCCAAGCAGCCUCGCCUUCACGGUUGAAAUCGAGCCUCUCUCCGGAAAGUGGCAUUAUGAGUGCUCGCGGAGAACCGAUUGAGCAUCGUGCAUAUCAAUCAAUACCGACUGAUAUGCCGCCUUCACCUCCAGAUUCAAGCGCCGGAUUUGAGCAGCCGCAGCUCGGACAGGGAGGAAAAGGAGCGCAUGCACCUACGAAGAAAGACGGCGAGACAUCUUCUUAUGACCUGCAGCAAUAUGAAACGAGUCUCGUCUCUUCAGCUUUUGGUCCGCCUCUCGCCAUCGACUCGGAAAAUCUGCGGCAACUUGAGGAGACUCAGAACUCGACUUUGCCAGAUCCAGAUGUUGAAUUUGUGCCGGGAAUCGAGAGUACUCAGCAUGCAGCCGCGUCCGAGACGGUUGAGGAGACAUCAACACAAGUCGAGGAGCUAUCGACACAAGUCACCUUGGAAGACGCGGCUGCUCAGCAAGAAGACAGCCAGCACAACGACAAGACGGCAACCAUCACCGAUGAGUGGGUAGAAGCUCCUCCAGCAUCGCCGAUCCUCGUCGCUACAUCGGCCGCUCCGGAUCAGACCGCUGAGAAUGCACCCAAAUGGCCCAAUCCUGUCAGCGCGCCGUCGACUCCAGACCUGGCACAAGAACUGGUCGCAGCGCCUCGGACUCCCGAAACCUCUGCGUCCGUUCCGGAAGAUAUAAACGAAGCUCUCGCAUCACUACACAUUCGUACUGCCAGUCCAUCUCCUCAAGAUCCGACAUCCGAAUCCAUCGCUGCGCCGCACACCCCCAUCAACACUCCAUCUCCCACAGACUCGCCCUUCGACCAACCGACGCAAAAGUCCACCUCGCCACCACCCCCUACCAAAUCCGACCCCUUCGCCCAGAUCCAAGCCCGCAUCCUCGCCCGCCGCUCCAUAGGCGGCACAACCACCUCUUUCCACCCACCGCCCCGCUCUCCAACUCGCCAAUUCAGCUCAUCCACUGCCUCAAGCACGACAUCCUCCUCUAGCAGUCUCUCGCGUCAACGCACUACCCGGCCUGCCACGCAACCUCCGAAGAAAUCUCAAAACGCCAUGGCUGGUGCCAUCGCACGAAAGACCUGCGCGGUGCUGCUCGGCCCGCCGGCACAUCUCGUCGUCCUGAUGCUCAAAAUCGCGGCUAGGUUCGCGAGGGGCGUUGUUCCGAGGAGUUUGGUGUGGAGAUCGCCGAAGGGAAGUGGGAGAAGGAUUCCGGGAAGUUUUGAUUUGGAUGGCAGCGAGGUGGAAGAUUUCUGGGCAAGUGAGGACGAGAUUGCUGAGUUUGAGGAUAUGGAAGACGAUUUUGGCGUCAGGAUUGGGAGUCCUGUCAGUUUGGCUGCGGGAUUGAGAGAGAGGAGGGAAAGGAGUAGGGAGGAGUGA